AUGCUGCUGACUUACUCGAAACCUGGACUGGCCACAUUUUGGCACUAUGCUAAGGUCAAGCUGAUUCCUCCAGCUUCUGCUGUGAUCCCAACAGCUAUUCAGAGCUUGAAAAAAGUAGUCAAUAAUGUUCAAACUAGUAGUUUCAAACAGCUCACCAUUAAGGAAACUCUGCUGAACAGUUUGAUGGCCAUCGAGGUGUGUGGGUGUGGUUUUACAUUGGCAAGAUGA